AUGUUGAGGCCCAAGAAAAACACCAACCUCUUUCUCCAGUGGAUCACCAGACUCAAAUCAACUCAAUCAACCACAACAACGACUCAGAUACAUCCCAUCCAACUAGACCAUCAAUCACUCCUCAAAUCCCAACAAGCGCAAUCCUCAGCACGAGCUCACAUCGACCAACUCUUGUCUCAGCAUCUCAAAUUCAAGGAAACCUUACUACCAUUCACAAAGUUCAACUUCAGUACCAGCGGCGGUAAAGGUGGUCAGAAUGUCAACAAGGUUAAUACUAAGGCAACCUUGAAACUAGAGCUGGCCAAGUUGAAAUCUAUCAUUCCAGCCUAUUGGAUCACCAAUCUCACCAAUUCACAUUUGUAUGCACAACAGACUGGACAACUAGUCAUCCAUUCCUCGCUCACGAGGUCUCAAUCAUCAAACGUCGAUGAUUGUUGGACGAAAUUGCAUCAAAGCUUUCAAAGCGCAUCGGAGGCUGGACUGAUUGGUCAAACUUCAGCCGAACAAACUCAGAAAGUCAAUCGACUCAAAUCGAUCGAGAAAACUCGAACGAAGAAGCUUAAAAACAUCCGCAAAGAUAUCAAGUCAAAUCGUUCAAAACCCAUCUUUGACUGA